UCGCCAGUAAUCGUGUCUAGCCUUGCCACGAACCAACGCGACCGGAGGUGUCUCCUAUCCUCGUGUCGGUGUACUACACGACAACAAAUUCUCGCGCUAUUUCACCUGCUGUCCGCGGCUGAAUUUUCCACGGAGGGCUCCCCCUCCCCCGAGAACGGCUUUUCCGGCAGUGUUCCAGAGGGGCGCGAGGCCGACCGAAAAAAAAGAUAAAUAACAAUCGGAGGCGGCGACGAUACCGCUCCGUUUCGUUAAAUCAACGAAGAGAGACCGAGUCGGUGACCAGAGAAGGGUUCAUGUGUUACGAGGACGCACGGCGAAAUGAAGCUCACGCCGAAGUGUCUAGGGAACAUCACCAAGAUGCUGGACUUUUACUCGCAGUUCAACCCCUCGCCGCUUUCGAUAAAACAGUUCAUCGAUUUCGGUCUGAGUGCGUGCGAAAGGAAGUCUUUUAUAUUCUUAAGGAAGGAGCUGCCGGUUCGUCUGGCGAACAUUAUGAAGGAGAUCCACUUGCUGCCGGAGAACUUACUGAAGAUGCCUAGUGUGCGUAUAGUUAAUAAUUUGUACGCCACUUCGUUCGAGGAUAUAAUACACUUCGAGAAGGUUGAAGUCAACGAGACCACUUUAGACAAAUUCUGCCAAUCCCUGGUGAAGAUACGCAACAGGCACAAGGACAUCGUCGAGACGAUGGCGCAGGGCGUGCUGGAGCUGAAAGAGUCGCACGACGUCGACGCCCAGACCGGGAACAGUAUACAGUAUUUCUUGGACAGGUUCCUCAUGUCGAGGAUAUCGAUUCGAAUGCUGAUCAACCAGCACACUCUGCUGUUCGGCAGCGAGUUAAACGGGCACAGUAGGCACGUGGGAUCCAUAGACCCCUCGUGCGACGUUAUGGACGUCGUGAAAGACGCCUACGAGAAAGCAAGACUAUUGUGCGAUCAAUAUUAUCUGGCUAGCCCGGAACUGAUAGUCAAACAACAUAACGAUUACGAACGGUGCAGCGAAAUUAGGAUAGUCUACGUGCCGAGCCAUUUGUUCCACAUGUUGUUCGAGCUGUUCAAGAACAGCAUGCGCGCGGUGAUGGAACACCGUGACACGGAAUCGGAGUACCCGCCGAUCGAAGUGAUCGUCUCGCGAGGAAAGGAAGACAUUUGCGUGAAGAUGUCCGAUCGAGGUGGCGGCAUUCCCAGGUCGCAAAUGGACCACUUGUUCAAAUACAUGUACAGCACAGCCCCGAGGCCGAGCAUCACCGACGUCCACACCGUUCCCCUGGCCGGCUACGGUUAUGGUCUUCCAGUUUCGCGAUUGUACGCCAGGUACUUCCACGGAGACCUGGUCCUCCAGAGCUGCGACGGCUACGGCACCGACGCUAUCGUAUACCUCAAGGCAUUGUCCAACGAGGCGAACGAAUUGCUGCCGAUCUUCAACAAGACUUCGUCGAAAUUCUAUCGAACCCCGGUGUCCACCACCGAUUGGAGCAGUCAGUGCGGGGGUGGAAUGGCAACCAGGCAGCUGCGCAUGAGCGACGUGCAGGGUCACAAGCUUCCGCGAGGGUUGGAGGCUAGGUACUGCUAACAGAAGCCUAUUUACAUGGACCAAAGUAUAGACUUCUCACCGCCGAAUCUAAAAUGGUGGAAGGGGAUUUGAGACUUCCGUAACGGGUUCGCAUCCAUCGCUGCAUAUCACGCCGAACGAAAAUCAGGAUUCGACUACGUUACGUUUUUUCCUCCUUCCGAACGGUGGUCGCGAACGCCGCGGAGCCUCCCUGCGACCGGUUGUUUAAUUAAUUAAUUAAUUGACUCGCUCGGGAACCGAUCGACUCGUUUCGCUCGACGUCCCGAGGAGGGUGUUCUCAGCGUUCGCGGCUCGACCGAGCCUUUUAUUUUUUUAUACGCGUUUCUGUGCACACGUUCGUUCGUUAGGUGAACGUUUCAAUUGUAUAUUUGUGCGACCGCGAGGCAUUUGGUUGCGUCCGACGGGACCCGUUGUUUGCCUGGGAAAUGAGCGUCGCGCCGCAUGCGAUCUGUGAUUUCGAGAACCGACGGAGACGGUUCUCGCCGUGUAACGAAAGAAAACCGAAAAACAAGAUUCGCGAUCUAUCGAGAUUUACCGGAACCAGGAUCGAGUUAGGACCGUGGCCGAGAAGAAAAUCCGAUUAGAAUCUCCGUUACCCGCCCAAAAUGUAUUUUGUAUACCUGCCCCGAACGAACAGAGACCCAUCGACGAACCUUUUUUAAGAAGAUUUUUACUUUAGCGCGCAUCGCGCCCCCACUUUUUUAUUCCGUCACCGACAGACACACUUGCAAAGUUCUGCUAACGAAUCGUUCGAUAACGAAGCUGUACGCGUUCUCGAAUUCUUUAGACUCUUAGCUGUCUACCAUGAUCGUCACGGAGACGAGAGCUGCACGUGUCAUCUUCGCGACGGUUUGCGCGCACCUUGGACCCGAGAUACGGAAAUACAAUAUACGCAACGAGAGGAAGCGUUCGCGUGAUCAACGUUCCGCUUCCGUAUCCGCGAUCGGUUGCGCCGAGAAAAACUCCCAGAGGUCUCGGCGAUUGUUCCUAGAUUCUAUUUUUGCGUGGAUUCUGGUACGAGACUCGCACGAGACAGGCCUUCGCGAUGCAGUCGCGAAUGCGCUCCGCGCGUUCCCGUGUAUAUAAUAGCGCGAUUUUAGAGCGGUAAGAGAGCUAUGUGUAUAGAGAAUCGUUUUAUAGCCGUAAUUAAAAACGUUGUAGAAACGCUGACGCGAGUGGCACGAGUGAACGAUUGUAACACAUUGUUAAUAAAUAUUAUACUCGUACGACGUACAA